GUUGCCAUGGCGCUGUCCCCGGUGCUCGGGAAGCUGCUGCACAAGCGCGUGGUGCUGGCCAGCGCCUCCCCACGCCGCCAGGAGAUCCUCAGCAACGCCUGCAGAAUGACUUUCGUCUCCGCGGGGAGCUGGUGCAUGGACGCAGCCCGCCCUCAUUCCCUGCCUGUCCCCGUAACUGUGCGUGGUAGUCACUAUUGCGUGGAAUGUGGCGGUGCCUUUCUAGGAUCGUGAACCGAGGACUGUGGAGUUACCCUGAGCUGCCCAGCAAUAUCCUGCUUUAUUCACCGCAGCGCUGCCACCAAGCGUAGGGUCAGUGCGGCGUUACUAUGGCUACCAGGCGUUACUAUGGCUACCACGUAGCGGGUACUCUGUGUACCCAAGGAGUACGUGUCUCCCCCGCAGUAGGCCUAGGGCAGCCGCUCCGUUACCGUGGCUACGCAGUGGCGUCCUGCACACCACCCCAGAGCUCUGCCCCAGGAUGCGGAGCCGCCUUCGGGUGAGCUGGUCUGGGCGGGGACACUGGCCGUCGCCUGGGCUGUAGGAUCAGGCAUGCGUCGCCCUUCACACCCUACCUGUGCCGAGCCCGAGGUCCAGGCCUGGGGAAGCGGGGUGCCAGGCCGGGCCGCGUGCACGGGAGCCUCCUUGUCCCUGCGGGUGUCCGCGUGCGCCCCCAGCUCCCUCAGGCCCUCCCCUCUGAUGCUGCCUCCCAGGGUCUCAGGUUCGAGGUGGUUCCGUCCCGCUUCAAGGAGACGCUGAGCAAAUCGUCCUUCCCCAGCCCCUACGCCUACGCCAUGGAGACGGCCAAGCAGAAGGCGCUGGAGGUGGCCACCAGGCUGCACCAGAAGGACCUGCAGGCCCCCGACCUGGUCAUCGGGGCGGACACCAUCGUGGCGGUCGAGGGGCUGAUUCUGGAGAAACCCGUGGACAAGCAAGACGCCUACCGCAUGCUGUCCAGGUUGAGCGGGAAGCAGCACAGCGUGUUCACGGGCGUCUGCGUCGUGCUCUGCGACAGCCGAGAUGGUCAGCUGGAAACGGAAGUCUCGGAGUUCUACGAGGAGACACGGGUGAAGUUCUCAGAGCUGUCGGAGGAGAUGCUGUGGGAGUACAUCCACAGUGGGGAGCCCAUGGACAAGGCGGGCGGCUACGGCAUCCAGGCGCUGGGUGGUAUGCUGGUGGAGGCCGUGCACGGCGACUUCCUCAACGUGGUCGGCUUCCCCCUGAACCGCUUCUGCAAGCAGCUGGCCCAGCUCUACCGCCCACCGAGCCACCAGGACCUGGGCUCCCAGGCCAAGCAGGACUCCAUCCACUGCGUGGACAGCUUCGAGGGCCUCAGCGACCCGGAGCCCAAGCAUGGGGAUGGGGAUGUGGACCUGGAGCCACGCAGUGGACCCAGGGACGCCCGGCCCGCGUUCCCAGCCAGCCUCCUGCGGCUUGUCCACGGCUUCAAGGCAGCCCAGGCUCUGUUCACUGCAUGCAAGCUGAAGGUGUUUGACCUCCUGCAAGAUGGAGCAGCCCGGACUGCCUCAGACGUAGCCGGCAAGGUGAAGGCCUCCGUGUGCGGAACCCGGCGGCUCCUGGAUGUGUGCGUGGGCCUGGGCCUGCUGCAGAAGACGGAGCGAGGUUACAGGAACACAGAGGUGGCUGGCAUGUACCUCGGGUCGCACGGCGAGUACUCCCUCCACAGCUAUAUCCUGCACACCGGCGGUCAUGCCUGGGAUCUCUUCAUGCAUCCGGCGUCCACUGCCAAGGAGGGACGGAGCCACCAGCACCCGGCUGAAGGGACGAAGCCGGGGGACCCCAGCCAGGUCCAGCUCGAGCGGGCCCAGCAGCACCUCCUCCGGGCUGCACACGGGCUGGCCCAGCUGACCGCGCACGAGGUGGCCACCGCUAUGGACCUCUCAAGUUUCAGCUCUGCCUGCCACCUGGGAGGCUGCACAGGCGCCCUGGCCCACGAGCUGGCCCGGGAGUACCCACGGCUCAAGGUGACCGUGUUUGACCUUCCCCACAUCAUCCAGCAGGCACCCUUAUUUCGGCCACAUGGACCAGAAACCGCACAAGUCAGCUUCAUGCCUGGCGACGUCCUCUGGGACCCGUUCCCCGAGGCCGAGCUCUACAUCCUGGCCCCGGCCCUGCCUGACUGGACGGGCAGCGCCGCACAACAGCUCCUGCGGAGGGUGGCCGCCGCCUGCAGGCCCGGGUGUGGCCUGUUGGUGGCUGAUGCCUUCCCCAUGGGAGAGGAAGAAGAGGAGGAGGAGGAGGAGCUGGAUGAGGCGGAGGAGGAGGCAGAAGCAGGCAGUGCCCCGGCUGGCCUGGUGCGGGUGCUGGACCAGCUGGUGUGGCCCAAGGCCGGGGGGUGCAGCGUGGGUGCCUGUUGCCGCUGGCUGGAGCAGCUGGGCUUCUGUGACUUGCAAGUGGCCCCCUCGGGGGACACACAGACUGCGACCCUCACUGUGCUGCUGGGUACCCGGGCCGGGCCCUGAGCCUUCCACCCACUGCGCAUGUGGGCAUUGCCUGGCUGGGGCCCUCAGCUGGCCCCGGUCGACUGGGAGGGCAGGUGUGCAACCGUUGUGCACCAGCUGCGACCAGUAAAGCAGGGGACAUGCGCCGCGGGGUCUGAGAGUGAAGCAGGGAUGUGGCAGCAUCAUCCCAGCGCACUGGGAGGCUGAGGAAGGAGGGUCUAAGUUCUAGCCCAUGCGAGUAACCUAAAGACCUAGCGAGACUCGGAAUAAAAUAAUGAAAUGGAAAAGC